AAUAAAGACUGAUAAGCAACCAGAACCUUAGUUAAACACAGAAGCCACCCUCAAUGCCGGAAAGAAAUCAAAGGCAACAAUGAAGUCGCUGCGGUUCAUCAGUGCUGAGGCAUUGGUAUCGAAUGCACAGCUUGCCAGGAAAAGUCUCAGCAGUGUUGCACAUAACCUUUUUCCUCUUCUUUUUAAAGCCAGUUAUUUACUGGAGCAGGGGGAAGUGAUCCAUGACCUGGUGGAAAACUGGCCCCUGGCAGACUUUAAUAUAGGAAAACUGUUAGGGACAACAGUGGAUUACCAGGAAGACAUCAGCAGCAGAGCAUGCUGUGUUUGUUUGGAAAGUUGUCUAGUUGGGCUGAGAGAUUAUGUGUUGAAUUGCUCUUCUCCAUACUCAAAGAGACUGAAAGUGGUGGACCUGACAGGCAUAAAAGAUGUUGAAGUUCAGCUCUGCAAGUGUAAGAAGACUCUGGGAAGGUGGGCCAGGACAGAGCUCCUAUCAAAGCUCUGUUUUGAGCUGCUUGUCGAAAUGCAAAGGCUGCAGUUCCAUCCAUGUAUCUUUGAUAUUGCUAUUGACAUUCUCAUUGACCUGUUUGUUACAGAGCGGAACUAUGAACUUGUGGUCCAAGCCUUACUGAUGAGGUGCCACUGUCCACUAAAAAUUCGUUGUGUGGCAUUCAGAGCUGACAGUCUCGCUUUACGAAAGCUUUUCUACAUCAUAAAGCUCACAGAUCCCUCUUCGCUGCGCAAACUUGAAGUGGUUCACAAUAUUCGUUUGGAAAUGGAGCACUUGGAAGUGCUGUUUAAUAACAUCCACUUUCCUCUACUGACAUCACUUACCCUGCCGGCCAGAGCAUUCAAUGUGCAGCGGUUUGCAGCCGAGGAUGAACCAAUCCUUAUGACUAUUGGAGAAAAGAUGAGCCAAAUGACGCAGCUGACCGAGCUGAGCCUGGCAUUUUCUACCCUCACAGGAAAAAUACGGAAACUGCUCAGGUAAGUUGUUCCCAACAGUGUGACUGAAAGUGUGAUGAGCCACUCGUCAGCUCAGUGGCACUGAAUUAAGGGCUGCCAAGGCUAACGAAAAGGGGCGGGGUGAACAAUGGAAAUGUUUUCAUUGGGAAAUCCAUUGAG